CCAAUAAUUGGGAAACCAACUUACCAACCAAUGAUUUAAUUAUAAUUUUGUUGCAGGCUAACACCAUUAUAAUAACCAUGUUUGCACCUUAAAUCCAUCACAGUUGUUUAUUCACACUUGUUACUCUGCAAGCAAGAUGAGCAUGGAAACAGAAAAUGUUGUUGCUCGCCUCAAGAGUUCUGGAUUGUUUCAAACCAAAGGUCUUAUUGGAGGGAAAUGGAUCGACGCGUAUGAUGGGAAGACCGUCGAGGUUUACAACCCUGCAAAUGGGGAAGUUAUAGCUUCUGUAGCAUGCAUGGGUGAGAGGGAAACAAAAGAUGCAAUUUCUUCAGCCUAUGAUGCUUUUAGCCACUGGAGCAAGCUUACUGCUGCAGACAGGAGCAGUCGCCUAUAUAAAUGGUAUAAUUUGCUCAUUGAACAAAAAGAAGUGCUUGGACAACUUAUAACUCUAGAACAAGGAAAACCUCUAAAAGAAGCCAUUGGAGAAGUUGUAUAUGGAGCUAGUUACAUUGAGUACUUUGCGGAGGAGGCAAAGCGUGUUUAUGGUGACAUACUUCCAUCACCAAUGCCUGACCGCCGCCUGUUUGUUCUAAAGCAGCCUGUUGGCGUGGUUGGUGCCAUCACUCCAUGGAACUUCCCCUUGGCAAUGAUUACUAGGAAGGCUGGCCCUGCUCUUGCCUGUGGGUGCACUCUAGUCAUAAAGCCCUCGGAGCUCACACCGUUGACCGCCUUAGCAGCAGCUGAGCUGGCCCUUCAAGCUGGAAUCCCUCCUGGUGUCUUAAAUGUAGUCAUGGGAGAUGCUCCUAAGAUUGGAAAAGCUCUACUUGAAAGCCCACAAGUAAGAAAGCUCACAUUUACAGGUUCAACAGCUGUCGGAAAGAAAUUAAUGGCUGGUGCAGCCGAGACUGUUAAAAAGGUAUCUCUUGAACUAGGUGGUAAUGCACCUUGCAUAGUCUUUGAUGAUGCAGAUCUGGAAGUGGCACUAGAAGGGAGCUUGGCAACGAAAUUACGUAACAGUGGGCAAACAUGUAUAUGCACAAAUAGAUUACUUGUGCAAGAAGGCAUAUAUGACAAAUUUAUAAAUGCCUACUCAAAUGCUGUUCAGAGCCUUAAAGUUGGCAAUGGUUUUAGUGAAGGUGUGGAUCAGGGACCACUUAUUAAUGAAGCUGCUGUACAGAAGGUUGACUCAUUAGUGCAAGAUGCUAUCUCACAGGGAGCAAAAGUUGUUGUGGGUGGUAAGAGGCAUAACCUAGGGUUGACUUUUUAUGAGCCUACAAUUAUAAGUGAUGUCAAGAAUGAGAUGCUCAUAGCAAGACGGGAAAUAUUUGGACCUGUUACACCUGUUAUACGGUUUAAAACAGAAGAAGAGGCUAUACAGAUUGCUAAUGACACUGAUUCAGGAUUAGCAGCUUACUUGUUCACAAACAAUAUUCCGCGUUUAUGGCGCGUGUCUGAAGCUCUUGAAUAUGGUCUUGUUGGAGUAAAUAAUCAUGUGGCUUUUUCACAGGUAGCACCGUUUGGAGGUGUUAAGCAGUCUGGUUUAGGCCGGGAAGGUUCUAAAUACGGAUUAGAUGAGUAUCUUGAGAUCAAGUGCAUUUGUAUGGGAAACAUGGGCUGAUACAGAUCACCGUUGAUAGUUGAAAUAAUUGGGGUUUCAUUUCUGUUUUGUUUUCCAAUAUGUGAAUAAGAGUUCAAAAUAUGCAUUCCAUUUGUUGACACCGUCUUGUACAUUUUGGUCUUUGUUGAUGAAACUCGAGAAAGAUACGUAAAUUGUGUUUCUACCUUGUGUAGUUUGCAACAUAAUUAUAUGAUAAUUGCUAAA